AUGGCUUUCGGCAGCUGGGUCGAGCGCUGGCAGUACAGACCUUUGCGUCAAAAUACAGUCCUGGUAUCCAGUUUAGUUUACUACGGAGAAACUGCGCGUAUACUAUCGUUUUUGCCAGUGCCUUCAAUAAGCCAUGAUGUGGUAUUUAAAGCGAUUCAUGAAGAACUGCUGAGACGUGGCCAUGAAAUAGUGGUUGUCACGGCUGGCCCACUUUACAACAAUCUACAGGCGCCCGAUAAUCUCACAGAAAUAGAUAUUCAUAACGUCUCAUACUCGCUUGCUAGACAACGUGGGAUCACUAGUAUUACUAAGAAAGAAACGGACCCAAGCGAAAACUUAAGACGCUUUCUUAAAUUCACUGCAGACACUUUUGCUAAGCAAAUCCAGACGCCAGGAGUACAGAAACUUCUUACCCACAAAAGCCGAUAUUUUGAUCUUAUAUUUUUAGACGCAUCGUCAAGAAUAUCUAUUGUCUUGUCACACGUGUUCAGUGCUCCAGUGAUUGCAGUCUGUCCAACGGGGUCGAUUGAGAGGCAUAACCACAUCGCAGGAGUGCCUUCACACCCUAUACUCUAUCCUCAAAUACUUCGAACUAGAUUAUAUGACCUAACGAUGUGGGAAAAAACAAAAGAGCUAUUGACCGAAAUCAUCAUCCAAAAGAUAACUAAGGAUACAGAAGAACAUGACAACCGGGUAUUAAAGCAUUUGUUUGGGCCUAAAACACCAGCUAUAGCGGAAUUGAAUAAAAAUAUUGAUAUGUUCUUCUACGGAGGUGUACCAAUUUGGGAAGACAAUCGACCUGUCCCGCCUAAUGUAAUUUACAUUGGAGGAAUUAAUAAGGUUUCUGAAAAACCACUACCACAGGACAUCAAACAAUUUUUAGAUAAAUCACCUGUAAAUGUUAUAUAUGUUAGUUUUGGCAGUAACUUCGAUACACUCGAUUUUCCGGUGAAAACUUUUGAAACACUAACUAAAGUAUUUUCAAAUAUUCCAUACAACAUAUUCUGGAAAUGGGACUCCGAAGACUUUCCAAUCAGUUCGUCUAAUAUCAGGACUUUUAACUGGUUGCCUCAAGUUGAUUUCUUGCGCCACCCAAAAGUAAAACUCUUCCUUACUCAGGCUGGACUCCGUUCCACUGAAGAUGCAAUUGAAGCAGGGGUACCCUUGAUCGGCAUACCUGUAUUCAUGGACCAGUUUUCCAAUGCUGAGAAAUAUGUGCGUCACGGUAUUGGUAUCAAAUUGGAUAAGGACACACUCACGGAGAUUCAACUGACGGAAUCCAUCAACAUGAUAAUGACGUAUAAGAGCUACAAACAGAACGUGAUCAAGCUCAGAAACGUCAUCAACGACCAGCCGAUGUCUGCGCUGGAGCGCGCGGCGUGGUGGGCAGAGCACGUGAUCCGCCACGGCGGCGCGCGCCAUCUUAAGACCCCCGCGGCCGGCAUGAACUGGCCUGAAUACUACGAACUCAAUUUACUGCUUGCCGUCCUAUUUUGUGUUCUCAGUGCUAUUAAGGUAGUAAUACUUUGUAUUCAUGUGUCAAUCAAGCUUAUUUUUAAGAAAAACAAGCUGAAAGAGAAAGUUUUUUAA